AUGAGCGCAAAGCCCUCAAGUGGCCCCGACGCCUGGGAGGAGGACUGGGAGAGUCAGGCUGAUACUUUCGCUGCAGAAUCCGCCCCGCCUCCGCAGGAGAAGAAAGUCUCCUCGAAAGUCACCAAGGCCCAGCGCCGAGCCCAACAGGCCGAAUUUAACCGCCAGCUAUGGGCCGAGGCAGAAUCUCCUCAGACGUUUCAUUAUCUAGAGGCGCGGUCGAAUGUCCCGCUCAAGCAGGAAUUCAAGCCCACCGUCACUGUUCUCAGUCGCAACCCACAAAUAGCUACGCGUCAAUCAUCUUCAGUAGACGCUGCCAGCGCCGGUAUGAGAAGACUGGGGUUGAACGAGGAUGACGACUCUGAUGAGGAUAGACCGCCUCAGCCCACACCUGAGGAGCGGCAGGCUAUUGCGCUGCGCAAUCUGGAAGAGAAGCAACGCAAAUAUGAAGAAGUCCGGGAGAGGCUGUUCGGUAGCCCGUCUGCCCCUACUUCCGGUGCGUCGUCGCCACGCAGUGCUACCCCGCCUAAACAACACGAGGGCCGAGGCAAAGGGAGAAGCCGUGGCAAUGGGCGAGACAACAACCGUGACAAGCGGGACUUGUCUGCUGCAUCCGGAAAGUCUAAGCAGCUCUACGAUCCGGGGUCUCCUAAACCGAACUCGAGCUUUGGGCCGCGGAGGGAGAAGCAGGGCAAUGUCCGAAAGGAGGAUGAUUCGCAGUCUCCGAGGCAGCCGAUCCGCAGUCCUCGUGGCCCUGAUAGCAGCGGAAGGGGCGGGUUUAGAAUGGGCCACAGGGGUGCCCGUGGAGGGUAG